AUGGACAACGAUCUCAAUGCUGACCAAUAUCGCCAUUACGAGGCGCGUAUGGAGCGGCGCAGACAACUCUACAUAGCAGCACAACGUCGCGCAGAGUUGGAGCGGUCUCUUGCCACCCCCUUUGCCCGCACCAAAAUGAUGGAAGAAGAGCAGAGGAAGGCAAUGGACGUCAUCGCCCUAAGUACACCAGUUCGCUAUGAUGUAGAUCGGGCCUCUUUUUCCAACGAGGAGCUCCUGCUUUUUCAAGAGCGAAUGAACACUCAUGAUAAAACAAUUCGUAAGCAGCACACCUCCAGCGAGAGCAGUGAUUAA